UCCCUUUAGCGGUAGCGGUACGCAACAUAGUACUAGUUUGUUGGCGCUUUAGGUCCGCACGUGUUUACUUCAACCUUCAACUCAGUCCCACAAUAGCAAAAAUGAUGCAAAGGACAAUUGGUGCCGCAUGCAGAGCAACUAACCGGCUUGCCUGGUUUGGGAGCAGAAGCUAUUGUUUUGAAGCAGACAAUGAGCGCAGGGGUUCAGAUGCAACACGUGAACAAAGUUUUGAAAAAAGUGUCAACAAGGUGACAUUGCUGGGUAGAAUCGGAACAGAUCCCCAGUUCAAUGAAUUCAACAAUACUGUAUUCUCUAAUUUUCGAUUGGCUACAACCCUUUCUUAUGUUAAAAAAGACACAAAUGAGAGAAAUCAGAUAACAACGUGGCAUAGCAUAUCGGCGAGUCGACCUUACAUUACAAGGAAACUUGAGGGAGUUGGGAAGGGGUCACGAGUUUAUAUAGAGGGCAGACUUGAUAAUAGGGAAUGGACUGAUAGAGAUGGAAAACGGUCGACUAUAACGAAUAUACUGGCUGAUGAACUCAUAAUUUUGCAUAGAAGGGAGAAAGCGGAGGAAUCAUUUUCAAAUAAAUCCAGAAUUAGUGAGGAGGACAGCAUGUAGUAUCUUAACAUUAGGAACAGUUUUUUUUUUGACCAUCAACAUCAUCAGUUUGAUCUUUUGUCUAAACAAGCGAUUAUCUGAUGUCGAUUCGUUUUAAUUCUAAUAUGACAAUGGGUGUUUGUAAAGGAGGUAAUCCACAACAUGGUGUUGUACUCGUGUGAUAAUAUAGAGUCGUUUGUUCUGUACUGUAGUACAAACUGUCCGUCUCUGGUACGUGGCCAUGUGUCAUAUCCCACACAGGACCUAGUAAAAUAUAUCACAUGGUAGUAGUGGUACCAAAGUAAAAUAUAUUUUACUAGAAUAUUAAUUGUUCUGUAAGAAUCAAGUGACUACCUGUAUGUUUUAUAUGUGACAAUUUAGUGUGUUUUAUAAUAAAGGGUGUGUUUGUGCGAGAAUAUUCUUGUCGGUUCUUUAGUACUCGAGUGUCCAAGGGUUAGUAUAACGAUUGAGUACUCGAGUGUCCAAGGGUUA